GAAUUUCAUACGAUUCUAAAUUCAGAUGAAAUGUUAGGUUUAAUUUGUCAGCUUCUAGAUAUUAUUUUAUCAUCAGAAUUUCUAUUUUUUAUCUACGCAGUAAUUAAGACAUUAACUGAAUUUUGGGUCAUUUAG